AUGGCUACUACAAAGCACUCACCCGCUACUCUUCUGUCCGCUAUUCUGCGCAUCACAGAGGAGAAGAUUGUUCCCCUGACUGCGAAGGGUGUUUCCUCGGGCAGCAAGUUAUUUGGUGCUGCUGUGCUCUCCCGGGAAGGACUUUCACCACACACAGUCUCAACCAAUAAUGAGAAAGUGUCCCCCCUGCUUCAUGGCGAGAUCAACUGUAUCCAGCAGUUCUUUGCUUCACCGUCAGAGGGCCGUCCUGCCACGAAAGACUGUGUCUUCUUCGCGACUCAUGAGCCUUGCUCCCUAUGUCUGAGUGGAAUAACGUGGGCUGGCUUCAACGAGUUCUAUUAUCUCUUCACAUAUGAGGACUCGCGAGACCUAUUCGCCAUUCCGUACGAUAUCGACAUCCUCGAGGAGGUCUUCCGUGUUCGGGCGCCGUCCGACACCGACGAGACGCUCACUGCCCGGCCACUGUACAACCGUAAGAAUAAGUUCUUCACCGCAAAGAGCUUGUCAGACCUAGUCGAGGAGAUCGAAGACGCCGACGAGAAAGCGAAGUGGUCCGCUGAGAUCAAGAGGGUAAAGGAGCUGUACAAUUCUCUGUCCGCCACAUAUCAAGAGGGAAAGAAAGCGGGCACUGAGAGCGCCAGCGUAUGGAAAUAA